GAUGGGGGUCAUCUAACCUCUGCUUGAACAUGUCCAGUGACGGGGAGCUCACUACUUAACAAAGCAGACUGUUUUAUUUUGGACAGAUUUUUUUUCUUCAUGAGUGACAAAAGAAGCGGAGUUACAGUGGGAAGAACAUCAUCCUUGCUAUGCUUCGAGGCACCAUAUUGGGAAUGGAUAGAGAGAUAGAAACAACCUAGUUCCUGCUCUCAAGAAGCUCACAAGCAAAGAAGGAGGGGAUCUCUUGCUGCAGCCCCAGCGAGGAGCAGCUAUGGACAAGAUCCUGGAAGCUGUGAUGGUAUCUUCCUACCCCACCAACGUGAAGCAAGGGCUGGCACGGAGGGUGAUCGAGGCGGCAAAGCAACCCAUGGACAGUGCGCAGUGCUGGGCCAUGCUGGAGCUGUCCACCAAGCUCUUCCUGGUGGGCGACACCAAGUUCAAGCGGGAGAUCGGGCAGGAGGUCCUGGAGGUCUAUGGCCGAUACCACCUAGAGGCCUUCCUGGAGUUCUUUAAUGCCCAUUUCCUCCUGACUCUGCUCCAGGAAGGCUAUGGGACCCCAGGCCACCCCAGCCCCUAUGUGCUGGAUUUCGUCCAGCUGGGUCUGCAGUUCAUCCCGGAGGGCCCGGUGGCCGAGGGUGUCUUUGCCUUGCUCCGCCUAGAAGUCCUGAGAAAGGUGUGUGAACGGCCUGGGCCCAGGCAAUGUGCCAAGGUGGCUCGCCUCCUGGGCCAGUACCCACGCUGCAUUCCAGAUGGCAGACACCGGCUGCUCUUCUGCCAGCAGCUGGUCCGCUGCGUCGGGCAAUUCCAGUGCCUGGCAGAGGGAGAGGAGGGCAUUGUGGAGUUCUUGAGCCAUGUGAAUCGAGUGAGUGGGCUCUUGCCUAAAAUUUGGAGGGCUCAAGCCUCAUCCAUCCUGCCAUCCCUAAAGGAGCUGUUUGCCAUCAUCUCCUCCACAGAGGAGCAGGAGCCUCCCUCCAAUGCCCUGGCCAGCGUUGUCCAGUAUGUGCCUCUAGAGCUUAUGGACGGGGUGAUCAGAAACCUCACGAAUGAUGAUAGCAUCACAGAUGCCCAGAUGAUGACAGCUAUCAGCAGGAUGAUCGACUGGGUAUCUUGGCCCCUGGGAAAAAACAUAGACAAAUGGAUCAUCACGUUGCUAAAGGGCCUAGCAGCCGUUAAGAAGUUCAGCAUUUUGAUUGAAGUCUCUCUCUCCAAAAUAGAGAAGGUUUUCUCCAAACUGCUCUACCCCAUUGUGAGGGAGUCUGCGCUGUCUGUGCUCAAGUAUAUGCUUCUGAGUUUCCAGCACUCCCAUGAAGCCUUCCACCUGCUUCUUCCUCACAUCCCCAAAAUGGUGGCCUCCCUGGCAGAAGAGGACUCCAACUCCCGAGCAAACUGCUUGGAAGAACUGGCAGAGCUAAUCCACUGCAUGGUGUUCCGCUUCUCAGGCUUCCCAGACCUGUAUGAGCCUGUCAUGGAGGCCAUCAAGGACCUCCACGUUCCCAACGAAGACAGGAUCAAGCAGCUCCUGGGACAGAACGCCUGGACCUCCCAGAAGAACGAGCUGGUCUGCUUCUACCCCCGGCUGGCAGCCAAGUCGGACACAGGCAAGAUCGGGCUCAUCAACCUGGGGAACACCUGUUACAUGAACAGCGUGAUCCAGGCUCUGUUUAUGGCCUCUGACUUCCGACACUGUGUUCUGCAUCUUCCUGAAGACAAUUCUCAGCCCCUGAUGACCAAGCUGCAAUGGCUUUUUGCCUUCCUCGAACACAGCCAGCGGCCUGCUGUCUCUCCAGAGAGCUUCCUGUCUGCUUCCUGGACUCCCUGGUUCAGUCCCGGUGCUCAGCAGGACUGCUCUGAGUACCUGAAGUAUCUGCUGGAUCGAUUGCACGAAGAGGAGAAAACAGGGAAGAGAAUUUGCCAGAAGCUCAAACAAUCAAACACACCGUCCCCACCAGAGGAACAUCCCACCCCAAGCCCAACAGCCGUAGAGAAAAUGUUCGGUGGGAAGAUUGUGACACGGAUCCGCUGUCUCCGCUGCCUUAACAUCUCCACCAGAGAGGAAGCAUUCACUGACCUCUCCCUGGCCUUUCCACCCCCCGACCGCCGUCGCCGUCGCCUGGGCUCUGUCAUGCUGCCAGUGGAAGAUGUCAGGGUCCAAGGCCCUCCAUCACCGGCCAAGACCCAGGGUGCAGGCACCGAGGGGGCCCGGAGACAGAGAAAGCACUGUAUUGCUGGGGAUGCUCUGCCCCCGGCUGUGAGCAUUGAGAUCCUUGGGUUCAAGGAACCUGGAGGGUACAGAGGCAACUUCAGACAAGAGGAUGAAAAGGAAAAGAAAGAAAAAGAAGAGAACGAUGAUAAAAAGGAAGAGGAGAAGGAAGACGUAGAGAAAAAGGAGAUGGAGGAAAAGGAAAAGGAGGUCGAGAAAAAGAAGGAAGAUGAGAAAGAGAAAGAAAAGGAGGAGAAAAAGAAAGAAGAGGAAGGUUGCCUAGGUCCAAAGACUGGAGGGAACCCGGGGGUUGCCUCUGGGGAGCAGAUGUGUGGCCCUGAGGGUUCUCGGUCAGUCCCAGAUCUUCUCAAUUACUUCCUGUCACCAGAGACUCUGACAGCCGAGAACCGUUAUCACUGUGAGCAUUGUGCCUCCCUGCAGGAUGCAGAGAAGGUGGUUGAGCUGAGCAAGGGACCCCGCUACCUCAUCCUCACCCUUCUGCGCUUCUCCUUCGACCUACGGACCAUGCGUCGGAAGAAGAUCUUGGACAACGUCUCCAUCCCCCUGUUCCUUCGGCUUCCCAUGGCGGGUGCCUGCCCUCAGCAGGACCAGGGCCAGGCCUGUGCAGCCUAUGACCUCUGCAGCGUUGUGGUGCACUCAGGCAUCUCUUCAGAAAGUGGCCAUUACUACUGCUACGCCCGGGAAGGGAAAACAGCCACCGUCAACUCGCCAGGGUCCACGGGUCUCUCAUCUGCUGAAAAGCCCCCAGGACUGGAGAGCCAGUGGUAUUUGUUCAAUGACACUCGGGUCUCCUUCUCCUCCUUCGAGUCAGUCAGUAAUGUCACUUCCUUCUUUCCCAAGGACACAGCUUAUGUGCUGUUCUACAGGCAGCGAGCCAGAGAGGGGAUUAGAGCAGAACCCAGGUCACCCAGACCCCACAGUGAACCAGCCCUCCACAAAGACUUGAUUGAAGCCAUAUCUAAAGACAACAUUCUUUACUUGCAGGAACAGGAAAAGGAAGCCAGGAGCAGAUCAGCCUACAUCUCCGCGCUGCCCAAAUCUCCCCCUUGGGGGAGGGACUUUGAUGAAGACAAGGAUGAAGAUGACGAAGGCUCCCCAGGGGGCUGUGACCCAGCAGCUGGAGGCAACGGCAGCUCCUUCCACAGACUUGUCUUCUAGGGGUCUUGACCCCAAUCCCGUGCUCUCUUCCUAGUCCCCAGCCUGCUCUGUGAUACCCCUUCCCUUGCAAGGCCACCUCAGGCCCCUUCUUCCUUAAGCAGGACAAGACAGGGUGGGCUCAGAGAUUUCACCAUACCAACUGAGGACUUAGGUUGGACAGGGUCCUAUCUUCAAAUAUAGGAAGCAGACUUGUUCUUCCUCGCCUAGCUUCCUAGCAGGAUUAGGAACAAUGGGAGAAAGUCAAGGAGAGCAGAUUUCAGCUCAGAGCUGUCCAAUCAUGGAGCAGGCUACUUCUCCAUGGGGAGUGAGCUCCUCGUCAUGGGAGAUAUUCAACCAAAAGGCAGAUGACCACUUGUUGGGGACAUCGUAGAGGGGAUUUCUAUUCAGGUACAAGUUGAACUACAUGACCUCUGAAGUCCCUUCAAGCUCUGAGAUUCUCUGACUAUACCUUCUGGAGGAAGGCCAUCUAAGGAGGCCAUCUAAGGCCUUUUCUGAGGGGGUAGAGGCAGAGGUUAAUGGUACAGGCCCGGCCUAGGGCCCGUGGGAGUAUGGGCUUUUGGUCAAUUUGCUCUAGGAACUGGGUCCUCAGGACCUGACUCAGAGAGUACCCAAGCAUAGUGCACACAAAAGUCUGUUCAGAUGCCAUAUAAAUUUGUAUCCUCA